CCGGCACUUCUUGUUCAGCUUCAUGCAGGAGCUGCGUUGUUCUGAAAUGUUUCAUGCAUCCUGGAUAUCCUCCAUGCCUCCAUUCAGGCUUUUCUCUGAUGUUUGGCGUCCUAUUAUCCACUAGCUCACCUCUAGUGCCUCGGCAAUUGACAGGCUGGCGUCUAACUUAUUUGUGUAUAUUUAGUUAUCCCGGCAUCCAGUCAGGAGUUAGGACGGUUCGGGGAACCAGCAGACUCGUCACUCCCCACCAUCCAGAGAUAUCUUCCGACAAAAGGGUGAUCGUAUCAUCACUGGAAAUCGUCGAUCCCCGUCCACGAUGCCUUUACUCUCACUCCCGAACGAGACACUGCAUACUAUUGCUGGCUGCCUGCUCACAACUUCCCCUUUACUCGAACCGACUUCCUUGCUCGAGUUCAACCCCAGCUUGCAAUCAAUAUCCAUUGUUAAUCGACGGCUGAGAGACAUUUGCCUUCCUUUGGCCUACAAAAGUGUCACUGUCAACUUCUCUCGUGCACAUGUCAAGACGGAGUGCGCGAAACUCACCGGGGCGCAGUCCUUGCUUUCCGAUCGUCGCGUUUGCCAACUCAUCAAACACAUCACGAUACGCGACACGAAUCGAAACAACGUCUUGGACUGGACGUACGGCUACGCACGCUACGACCGACCUUGCCCCGAUGCCAUGUUCCACAUGAGCGAAGAGGAAUAUAUCGUUUUACGCGAUUUCGUCCAGACCACGCUCUCCUCCGCGACGAGACUCCUCUCCUUCGACGUCCUCGACACCGACGUCUCACUCACAGAAGCGCUCGUCGACGCCAUAAACGCCCACCCUCAACUCCGCUCAAUCACCUUCCUCAACUUCCGACAACUCAACCCUCUCUCCGUCUCCUUCUGCUCAUCUACCGAUCUCUCCCGCAUCCAUUUACAUGGUCUCCAACUCCUGGAGCGUGCACUCGACGUCCCACUUCGCCCCGGGCUUCUCAAAGCCUGCGCUCGAACGCAAGAUGGGCCACAUAUACACGAGCUCAUAAACGACUACUUCAGUAACUUCCCCGCUAGAGACCUCACAUUCAAUGGACUCCAACGCCUGAAGCUCGACUAUCCCGACCAACUUGCCACAUCGAUGACCACCGAUUUCUUCACUCGACACGAACACCUCCGUUCCGUAUUCCUCGCCAUCUCCAUUGCGAAGUUUCGGAGCACGUUGAUCACGACAGAGGGGUGCGGACUCGCGAAGAUGUAUAGCGAGGCUUUGGGCGAGCAUCUGGACCAUGCGUUUAUGCUCAUGGAUACGGAAUUUGCUGUGGACCCGAAGUUGGAACGUGGGGAUGCGGCGUCGUGGUUGAUCAAGAGUGCGAGUAUCGUUCUGAAUGCGGAGCAUCGGAGGGCGCUGGGAUUCGUGUUGGAGCAUAUGCCACUUUGUGAGUACAUUGCGGUACAUGAUCGUGCAGAGGAAAGGAAGUGUGGGGCUUCCGAGUUAUGGGCCACAUUGGCGGAGCAGGCGGACAAGCUCAAACAUCUCAGAGCUCUUACAUUGUGGGAUUUUUAUUUGAGUGACCACGUUAUCGACACGGCUUCAGGCCUCUUCUCGGCCGAGUCAAAGAAUGGACCAACGAAGGUCAGUGAGGAAAAGUUGAAGAGCAGGGUGGAGUCGGUGGCGAGACGAUGCGGCAGUUUGGAGUAUGUCGCCAUCAUACCCUAUAUGGCUAACAUGUACUACGAAUUCUGUGUCUUCACGGCGGAGCCGAAGGAGGGGCAUCUGUUAAAGGGGGGAGAGAGGGAGGUGAGGGUACAGUUGACAGUUAUACCGUGGAAAGGCGCCCAGAAGGAGACCAUGAGACGAAGGCAAUGCUUGAAUGGUGGACUGUAGGGCUGAA